CGUCUGCCUGUCCACCAUCGUCUCUCUUCCUGUCUCCCCCCUCCCGCCUCUCUCCCUCCGUCCGUCCAUCUCUCUGCCUUCCCUCUGACUCUCCGUCUCUCUCGCUGGCUGCGUCCAUCCCUUCCUCCUUCGCUCUGUCCCCGUAUCCGUCCCUGGGUCCCUGUGGGUGUCUCUCUGUGGGGGUCUCUGAGGGAUCUCCCUGCCGGAGGGUCCCGGCGGCGGCCGAUGCUGGAGCCGAGCGCGCCUUGGGCAGACAUGGCCACCCUGACCGUGGUCCGGCCGCUCAGCCUGGACAGAGAUGUCGCAAGAGCAAUUGAACUACUGGAGAAAUUACAAGCAUCUGGAGAAGUACCAGUACACAAGCUGGAAUCCCUCAAAAAAGUACUGCAGAGUGAGUUUUGUACUGCUAUUCGAGAGGUCUAUCAAUAUAUGCAUGAAACCAUUGCGGUUAAUGGCUGUCCUGAAUUCCAUGCAAGGGCCACUGCCAAGGCGACGGUGGCAGCUUUUGCAGCCAGCGAAGGUCAUUCCCACCCUAGAGUGGUGGAACUGCCGAAGACGGAUGAAGGCCUUGGCUUCAACGUGAUGGGAGGAAAGGAGCAGAACUCCCCAAUUUACAUUUCUCGCAUCAUCCCGGGAGGAGUGGCGGAAAGACAUGGCGGCCUGAAGAGAGGGGACCAGCUGCUUUCGGUUAAUGGCGUGAGUGUGGAAGGAGAGCAUCAUGAGAAGGCAGUGGAAUUGCUUAAAGCUGCUAAGGAAAGUGUAAAGUUGGUUGUGCGCUACACCCCUAAAGUCCUGGAAGAAAUGGAGGCUCGUUUUGAAAAACUACGGACAGCUCGACGCCGCCAGCAGCAGCAACUGUUAAUUCAGCAACAGCAGCAACAGCAGCAACAGACACAGCAAAAUCACAUGUCAUAGAUUGUUGAAAACACUAAUAGCUCAAGAAUUAAGCAAUCAGAGCCAUGUUUCAGUGAUUCUACCAUCAAGGAAAAGGAAAAUCCUAUAAUUGUACCUAUCAAGAAACUUUGAACAAGUGGAAUAAGAAUUAUUUGGCAAGGCAACUGCAUACCCAAUUUCUGGUUCUUAUACCUUCCUGCUUAUGUAAUCUUUACACAGAUGGAGCUUCCAAUUGAUACAGUGGAAAUUUUUGCUGUGUAAGGAUUUUUUUUAAUAUGCUGCAGUUGCAGUCUGAAGAGUUUAAACACCAUCAAAACCCAUGGCUUCUGAAAAAAAAAAGUCUUCAGAGAAUGGAUGGAGUAAAUCUCUAAUUUAAGGUAUUUCCAGAGAUUAACAAGCGAUUAGUCUGUACAUCAAACUGCAUCAGUUCAAGGUUUUUGCCACUAAAAACAAAUCCAAGCAGCUCAAUUGAUAAC